AUGAACAAUGCUUUCUUAGCUAAGAUCUGCUGGGAGUUGAUCGACAAGCCAGACGAUCUUUGGGCAUCCUUAAUCUGGGCAAAAUAUGACCUAGACAAAAACCCGUAUCUGACUCAUUGGACAGCGAACUAUUCUAAUCUUUGGAAGAACCUUGCUCCCAUGUGGUCGUUCAUAAGGGAGAAUAUUAUACACAGAAUUGGCAAUGGUUUAAAUACGCUAUUUUGGAGGGAUGUUUGGCUUGACAUGGACCAACCUCUUAUAGAGCUUGCUCUCCCCACCUCGGAUGUUGGAAACACCGAGGCUAAAGUCUGA